UGCCCGGCAGUCAGUAUCCAGUUUCAUGAGCACGCAGAAUGUUGCUUUGGGGGUCAGUGUGUGUGAUUCUCAUCACCUCAAUCAUCAUAUUCUGCAGACAGAAGGACCCGCCCCCUAUUAAUGGGGUUUAUAAACAACCCGGAAAAUGGUACCCUCUGAAAUACGUGGCAUUCCUCAUCAUUCUGCAGCUGAGACGGUGGCAGAACAGUUAUGGUAUGAAAUCAGCCAAGAAACAAGCUGGUUAUGGUGUGCAGUCACACGCCUCACCUGCCAUGAUGGAUAUUGCACAGCCUCUUUCUUCAGAUGCUAAGGCAUUUGAUGCUGUGUUCUUUAUUGCUGCUAACAAAGAUGGCUACUACUUCGCAGCGGGGACAGAGCGGAGGCAUCAUGGCGUCAUUAAUGGUCUUUGCUAUAUUGCUGUACCAGGCAAAGGUUUGCUGUGCAGCUCCAAACUGCCUGAUACGGUUCUCUUCGGAGCAAAAGAUGAAGAGUUUGGUGCAGAGGGCCUGGCCUUGAAACUUGAGAGACCAAUGAGGAAGUGGAAACUAACUUAUAAAGGAAAAAUGUGGUUGCAGUCUGACCCUUCACAAGUGUUUGAUGUGAAUUUGGAAGGAGACUGGAGCUCAGACCUGCCACAUUUCAACUACGACACUGACAUGAAUCCCACAACUGUUGCAAGGGUCAUUGCUACAGAAACAUGGACAAGGGAGUAUUUCAAAUCCUUAGAGAAAGCUCACCAAACUCAUUUUGAACAAAUGGGAUACUUGAGUGCAACAAUUGAAAUUGAUGGUGAAAAUCAUAUUGUAAAGAUGCCAUCAUUUCGUGACCAUAGCUAUGGAGAGAGGAGGGACUGGGAUCUAAUGCAUCGAUAUGCAUUUCACAUGAUCUUCCUGGAGGAUGGGACAAAAGCGACCGUUGGAGUGAUCUGUCAGCCUUGUACUUGCUCCAGGCUAGAGGCUGGUUAUGUGUAUACUCCAGAGGGUGCACUGUAUCCACUAGAGUGGUGUGACUUCAAGCUUCAUGAAAAUGGGGAAAAUGGCAGACCUCCAGUGGACCACAGCUUUAGCUUCAAAGCAGGUCCGACAGAGUACACUGUUCAGGUGUGUGUGGAGUAUGAAGCCACUCAUUAUGUUGGAUGGAAAUGGGAAGCACGCAUGGUGGAACGCUUCGUUCGAUAUGUUGUGAAUGGCAUCCCCGGACGUGGAGUGUCUGAAUUUCAUUAUCACAACAAGGGAGGCAGGCCUUCAUCUAUUGCUAAAAAUGAUCCUUAUUGGUUCAGGAAACUUAACUUCAAAUAGUUUAUUCAACUAAAGACUUAAAGAGGCUUUGUCUAAUGUGCAUGUUAUGUCAUUUCCUAGAUAUCUGGAAUGAGAUAUGUGCUCUAGCACACUGUCACAAUUUUAGACUGACUACAGAUGGAGUUUGGAUUGGUAAUCAGAUUUCUUUUAACAUUUACAGAACAUAAGUACAAAUAACUACAACAGAUUCACUGAGUUACACUCUCCAAGAUCUCUGUAACCACAGCAAACAUAAAAGUCUUCUCAGUCUUCCUUAGCCAUUGCUCGGUAGCGGCUUCCAAUAGCAGAUGUUCCCCUUGUUCUGGGUUCCCAAACUGCCCGUCCUCAGCUACAGCAAUUCUCAACUGGCUGACUCAGUUACCAACUGCUCUACACUACUCAACUCACUCUAACUAGAUGUCCUGCUUAGACGAGUAACAUUUUGGUAUGGACCGCACAGUAAACACUGUCCCUUGUUGCUCGCAUCUAUAUACCACAAUAUUAUAACAAAUAUUUAUUUUAAUUCUAAUCAGAAUUAUGCCUUUGGAUGUCAUAACUUUUGUUUUCUUGGGUGAAAGAGAGGAACACAGUUGACAUUUUAUAAAGCAGCAGCACUACCAACUUUGACUUAUGGCAGUGAAUUUUCAGAAAUUAAGCAGGAAACAGAAACAGAAUACAACCGAUAAGAGAUGCGACUGUUAAAAGCAGCUAAAGGCUGCACUAUGUUGAAUCAUAUUAGGAAUGAACUGAAAAUACAAUUGGUACAGAAUAAAAUAGAUGAAGACAGACAACACUGGGCAAACAGUCUGGAUAAAAUUACUGAUGACAGAAACCCAAAAUACAUUCUACAAUAGAAACCAAAACAACUCAAGAGACCAAGGGAGGCCUUGCAAAAAUAUGUGGAGUUGGACCAGGCUUGAUUACCUAUACCAGGAACUGAAGGAGAUAACUUCAAAAUAAAACUGACUUGACUGGUUAUUUCCAUCAUAUUUAUAGUACAGUUGAUGCUAUUGAUUUUAACAUCAUAUAUAAACUGUCAGUUCCUACAAUAUUACCUUUAUACAGCAUUCAGUAUACAAAGUUUCAUGACAAAACAUGGGAUCAAUUUUAAACAAAAAGUUGAGUAAGCGUUCUUGAGUUUGUCAAAUGCUGAGGGGAUUUCAGGACCAAGCUACAAUAAAAGUUAACCUCUGUCUUUUAUUCCAGAUGCUGACACUAAUAUUUCUGACAAUAAAUACGUAACUUUUAUUGAAUUUUGCAGCAACCAUUAUUCUAUCAAGAUAUUAUCUCAGAUAUAAACAUAAAAGAAGAAACAGAACUAAGAAUAAGUACUACUGUUAACAGAAUAAACACAACUAGGAAUUAACGUUUCUGUUAACAGUUUCAAUUCUACAAGGAACAAAUAUUAUUUAAAAGGAUAUGCUUCUUCAAAUUUAUUACCUAUAAUAACACCAAAAAGGAAAUUGGGAGGUGCUCAGUUUCAAUUACGUCUCUCUAUGCCCUCCUGGAAAAUUCUUGGAUAGUACCUCAAUUAGGCCAUGACCACAACCUUCCAAAUCCUUCUGAAUUCAUCAUUCAUCCUACCAUUCAACAGUGUACUGUUUACAUACUGAUAGUACUAUACAAUACACCACACAUUUACUUUAUCUUCCUCCCUGCUACUGUGCCCCAAGUAUCGGUCCUUGUUUCUGUUUUCUCACUUAGUCUGCCCUUAAAAAUACCUUUUAAUGGGCAAAUUUCCUUACUAUUUCUCCUGAUCAUUUUGCCCAUAAAAAUGACCCUUUAGAGGGCUAAAUAUUCUUUAUAUUUCCCUUAAUCCUAUUAGUUCCCUCUCUCCCCUGCAUGUACCAUUUCUUUUUUCCACACUCAACUUAUUCUUACACUGUGAAGAUGGUGCCAAGACACCUCCCAACACUGGUUAACAUAUAACAGACUACACAUGCCAGACAACAUUAAACUAAGAUCUCAUAAAGUCAUUUUUUCUUUCACCUGUUUAUUUUCCUGUUUUAAUAACAUACAGGAACGGUCACUAUGCCAUAUAUAUGUAUAUGCUUAACCUGUCUCAGCACUAAUACCUAGAGGACAUUCAGAUAUUUCUUAAAACAUGCAAAGUAAAACAACUUCAACUGGCAAUGCAGACACAGACAUUCAACUUAGCAGAAAUCAACAGAUUCAAGCCUGAAAACAUUGAGCACUGAACAGAUAAGGGAUUCACAUGCCUUUCAUUCAAGAUGACCAGAACUUGCUUUGCAUCUUAAUGAGAUAACAAAUAUCUGUGUACAAGACGCAGAUACACCUACUUGUAAUGAAUUUGAAAGUCUAUACUGCCCAACAGAUAUUGUCUUGAUCUUUCUGAAGACUAUAAA